UACGAAGAAAAAACUCUCUUCCAUUACAUUUUUUUUUUAAUUCUUCUUCCUCCUCCUCCUCUCUGCAAAAGUAUAUUCGAGAAAGAAGAAAGAAUCAAUCAAUUAUAUCUUCCUCUUUUGGUUUCCUGUAAUCUCAAUUCUCCCCGGAGGGAAAGGAGUCAACGAUCUGGAAGUAUAAAGCUCAAGCGUGUUUCGUUUCGUUGAAGGAUUCUCUUUAAAUUUAGUCAACGGACGUCGAGGGCUUUGUGUUGCAGUAGUAUUAGCUCAAUUCGAGACUCUAGAUCCUUAAUUUAAGGGUUGGGUGGGUCAAAAAGGGGCUGGAUCUUUUCUCUGAUGUGUAUCAUCAUCAAAUGAAAUGAAAGGAUAAUUCUUUUCCUAGGGUUUUCGUAAUCAAUGGAAGGAGGAAGAAUGAUGAUGAUGAUACCUGGCUUCUUCUGGCUGAUUCUGCUUUUCGAUUUGCUUCUCAGAACAUCAGGCAACGCCGAAGGUGAUGCACUGAGUGCACUGAAGAACAGUUUAAGCGACCCUAACAAGGUGCUUCAGAGUUGGGAUGCUACUCUUGUUACCCCUUGUACCUGGUUUCAUGUUACUUGCAGUCCUGACAAUAGUGUUACUCGUGUUGACCUUGGGAAUGCCAAUCUAUCUGGUCAGCUUGUAGCGCAGCUUGGUCAGCUCCCAAACUUGCAGUACUUGGAGCUUUAUAGCAAUAACAUUACCGGGCCAAUCCCAGAGCAGCUUGGUAAUUUGACGGAAUUGGUGAGCUUGGAUCUUUACUUGAAUAAUCUCAGCGGUCCUAUCCCAUCAUCUCUCGGCAGACUAAAGAAACUACGUUUCUU